AUGAAGCCAGAGGCCAGAGAAGAAGAAAAACAGGACCGAGGAAUAACUACAGACUGCUCAGCGAUCAACGAAAUGGUAAUUCAUACGGUGAAGGUGGGGAAAUCAAACGUGUACCGGACAACCAGAGAUGACCACUUCCUGGCUACGGCAGACAUUCAGAGUUACUAUCUGACAUGCACACUGGAGGUGGCCUUCAUCGUGGACAGCUCAGAGAGCGCCAAAACCUUCCUGUUCGAGAAGCAGAAGGCCUUCGUGUUGCGUUUCAGCACCCGCCUCUCCAUGCUCCAGGUAGCCGGCUGGACUCUGAAGGUGCGUAUGGCUGCGCUUCAGUACAGCAGCUCUGUGUCCAUAGAGCACAGCUUCUCCACCUGGACAGACCUGGAUCUAUUCCAAAGUAAAGUCAGCGCCAUGACCUACAUCGGCCACGGCACCUACUCCACCUAUGCCAUCACCAAUGCCACGCAGCUGAUGGUGCAAGAGACGCCGACGGACAGCGUCCGGGUCGCCGUGCUGAUGACCGAUGGAGUCGACCACCCCCGCAAUCCUGAUGUCAUCUCGGCCGCAGCAGAGGCCAAAGGUCAUGACAUCAAGCUGUUUGCCAUAGGAUUAUCAGACAUUUCCCAGCAGAGUCAGAAUCACGCCAAGCUGCGGGCCGUCGCCAGCACACCUGCCCAGCAGUUUGUCCAUAGUCUUACUGAUCCUCAGCUGGAGGAGAAGCUGCUCAAAGAGAUGGUAAGUCUCGGCUGUCCACAGGCCCAAGUGUGUUUGUGUGAAAGAGGAGAGAGGGGCCCUCCAGGAAGUCCAGGUAAAAAAGGGGACCCAGGCUACAGAGGGCCACCUGGUCCAAAAGGAUCGAGGGGAGAGCCCGGUUUGAACGGUCGACCUGGAAACGAAGGUCUGGAGGGCCGACCGGGCUAUAAGGGCAACAAGGGAGAGAGAGGAGACUGCGGCUCCCCUGGAGAAAAGGGUGACAUUGGCCCCGACGGACCACUAGGCCCACGAGGACUAAAGGGAGAACAGGGUGUCACUGGACUACCAGGAGACAUGGGUCCUGAGGGCCCAGUAGGACCUAAAGGUGACAGAGGACCCGGUGGAACCCAAGGACCUCCUGGAGACAUCGGUAUAGGAUUCCCUGGAGCAAAGGGUGAAAAAGGCCUUCAGGGGCGGCCCGGCCCCCUGGGUCCCAUCGGGAUUGGAGAACCAGGACUAGCAGGUCCCCCAGGCCCAACAGGAGCACAGGGAAACCCCGGACCACCUGGUGAGGGGCUUCCAGGACCAAAGGGUGACAGAGGAUAUGACGGCCCCAGGGGCAGCCGCGGUCCUACAGGUGCUGGGAUCAAAGGCGACAAGGGCAAUGCAGGGCCGCCUGGGGCUGCGGGUCCAGUCGGUGGUCCCGGAGUGGGAAUUCAAGGAGAAAAGGGUGAUCAAGGCCCGGUUGGACCCUCAGGCCCCAGGGGAGCUCCAGGUAUCGGGAUAGUAGGACCUAAGGGCAACCAGGGUUUUCCAGGGGAGACUGGACUGCCAGGCGAGAGAGGAGUGGGAGAACCAGGACCCAAAGGCGACCCAGGGGCAGAGGGGUUACCAGGUAUCCCAGGUCUGCCAGGAGAUGAUGGAGCACCUGGACAAAAGGGUGACAUCGGGUUACCAGGGCCCAGGGGACCUGAUGGGGCUCCUGGAAAAGGAGCUCCUGGAGAGAAGGGAGACAGAGGGGACAGAGGCUCCAGAGGCCAGCCAGGUGGAGUCGGACCUGUGGGGCCAAUGGGGCCCAAGGGAGAACCAGGAAUCCUUGGUCCACCAGGUCUGCCUGGACCACCAGGGCGGGGUAUACCUGGUGUCAAAGGAGAUCCAGGUCCAGGAGGCCCACCUGGAACUGUGGGUGAACCAGGUGUUGGCAUAACUGGACCCAAGGGUGACAGAGGGCCACCCGGACUUGCUGGCCCACCUGGACAGAAAGGAGAGGGACAACCUGGCCCUCCAGGACCCCUGGGGCCUCCUGGAGUGGCAGGUGAGAUGGGACCAGAGGGCAUCGGCUUACCUGGACCAAAGGGAGACAGAGGCUUGCCUGGACCUCCUGGACCUGCUGGGCCACCAGGAAUUGGGAUAAUGGGUGCUAAGGGGGCAGCUGGCCAAAUUGGACCACCUGGCCCACAGGGGCUAACUGGAGAAGGCAUUCAAGGACAAAAGGGGGAGUCUGGAUUUCAGGGGAUCCCAGGACCCAGAGGCCCUCCUGGACAAGGACUUCAGGGGGACAAGGGUGACCGAGGGUUCAGAGGUGAAAAGGGCAAAAAGGGAGACAAAGGAGACCCUGGAGAGCCAGGAGGUUCUGGACCUUUGGGCAGAGACGGAGAAAAAGGGGAGCCUGGACUUACAAGGGAAGAAAUCAUCAAAAUUGUGAGACAAAUAUGUAGCUGCAGGGUGAUGUGCCGUCAGAACCCCUUGGAGCUCGUCUUCAUCAUCGACAGCUCCGAGAGCGUCGGCCCCGAGAACUUCAACAUCAUCAAAGACUUUGUGAACGCCAUUAUCGACCGAGCCUCGGUCAGCCAGGAGACCACGCGGGUGGGCGUGGUCCUCUACAGCCACAUCAAUGUGGUGGUGGCCAGCCUCAGGCAAGAGGCCAGCCGUGACCAAAUCAAGUCUGCGGUGCGUGCCAUGACCUACCUGGGCGAGGGCACUUUCACGGGCAGUGCCAUCCAGCAGGCCAACCAGGUGUUCAGAGCAGCGCGGCCGGGUGUGAGGAAGGUGGCCAUCAUCAUCACGGACGGACAGGCUGAUGAGAGGGACUCGGUGAGCCUGGAGAUGGCGGUGUCGGACGCGCACAGCGACAACAUUGAGAUGUUUGUGAUCGGGGUGGUGAACCAGAGCGACCCGCUGUACGAACAGUUCAACGACGAGCUCCUCCUCAUGGCCUCUGACCCGGAUAAGGAACACGUGUACCUGAUUGACGACUUCAAACUACUUCCGGGUCUGGAAAGCAAGCUGCUGAGCCACAUCUGUGAAAACGAAGAGAGGCAUUUGGUCAGCCCCAUCCCCAGCGGCAGACUGCCUCCGGGAAUCCCCGAGGUUCCCGGCAUUCGGGAACCCCCGUACAGGACUGAUAUAGACACGCCCACUUUCCCAGGAGACUUCAGGAGAGUGCAGAUGGUGCCUGGUCCCCCGGCGGUGCGCCCUGACAGAGAGCCCAUCGCUCCGCAGCGGCCCAAGAUGGAGGAGAGAACCACGACGGAAACCCAGAGAUUCCCGUUCUUCGACAGAGAGCCCUUCAAACCUGUCACAGAGUUCCUGCCGCCGACUGACGUGAAGAUCCCCACCAACGGUAUGGUGAUGACCGGGGCCAGAGGACCGGAGGCGCCCACCCUGAGGCCCGCCACCCAGGACAGGACACCGCCGCCGUCUCCACUGACUCCCCCACCGCUGCCUAUCGACAAGUUCAUGUCAGCAGAGCGCUGCGGCCAAGCCCUGGAUCCAGGACCGUGCCGCAACUACGUGGUGAAGUGGUACUACGACGCCACAGCCAACGCCUGCGCUCAGUUCUGGUUUGGAGGCUGUCUAGGAAACAGCAACCAGUUUGACACCGAGAAGAGCUGCAUAAAAGCCUGCGUCAAGGUCUAA